AAUAUAUAGAAAUAAAUGUGGAUUAAACUUACCAUUUUUAAUAAUAAAUUUAAUACGAAAAUUAAUAUUGCAACGAUACCGUAAACGUUUCAACAGCAAGACUCCGAUAUUUCUUAUAUCAAAAUUAUUUCAUGAAAUUGAAAACGUUUUUAUAAUCGGAGCAACGUUUGUUCCAAGCUUUUGUGGUGAUUUACUAAUUAUCCCAUUAUGCUGUUUAAUAUACCGUAACUGUCCCGCCUCUUCAUCCUUCUCUUGGCCUACCAUGUCAUAAAGCCAUAUAUCAUAAAGCUAUAAAGUUGUUGGUAUUUGCUACUAAUCGAAUUAAUCGCUGAGCAGAUUUUUGCUUCACCUGAUCACUAAAGAUUUAAGGGAAAAGAAAGAUAGUAAAUUGCAAUCGAUAUCGAGAGAUAAUAACUGUUUAGCUAUCGAGUGGAUUUACGAUAAGCCGCGCAGUAUUCGCGCAGCUUGUAUAAACUCACGCAAGUGAACUUUAUAUCGUUCAAAUUCCUGCAAAUUGUUGCUUUAAUAUUUAAAUAAAAAUGAAGAAAUAAAUGCUCACUAUAUGCGAGUUAUAUACACUUCAGCUGUAAUACAUAACACGUUAUAAAAUAAUUACAAUGAAAAAAUGCUACUGAUUACGUCAAGACAUAGGCUAAUAAUAACAACAGUGGUAGGUGUAAGUAUUGGUAUAUUGUGCGGCAUGAUUCUUAAGCAUUACAGUGGAAAAUCAUGGUCUGAACGAGAUAUCAUGUACAUCAAAUUUCCUGGAGAGAUAUUUCUGAGAAUAGUGAAUUGUUUAAUAUUACCACUUAUCACUUCCAGUAUCGUAAGUGCUACUUGUAAUCUCAGCAAAUCUGGACCUGUUGGAUUAAUGGCAUUGUAUUAUUAUUUAACGACAACUACUAUUGGAAUAAUGUUGUGUGUUAUACUUGUCGAGAUUAUUCGACCAGGCGAUUUAAUGAAAAAUGGAAAUGUUAGUGUAUCAGUAGCUUCACGAAAUUUCAUGACAGUUGAUACUAUUCUGGACUUGUUCCGCAAUUUAAUCCCCGAAAAUAUAAUACUUGCGUGCAUGUAUCAGUAUCAAACCGUACUAGAAAAACCAAACAAUGCAUCUGCAGAUAUGCCAAUAGAAGAAUGGUCCAUAACAAGCGAAUAUGUGGCAGGAACAAAUGUAUUGGGCAUAGUAUUUUACAGCCUAUUAUUAGGUUUGGCAAUUGGAAGUAUGGACGCAAAGGGGAAGCCUUUAUCGAAUUUUUUCAAUUGUCUAUCCGAAGUCAUGAUGAAAAUUAUGGAAUGGGUAACACUUAUAGCACCAAUAGGCGUAUUGUUUCUUAUCACUGGUCGAAUCUUGGAAAUUGACGAUUUUGGUGACGUGAUAAGUCAUCUAGGCUUUUAUGUGUUAACGGUGUUCAUUGGACUGGUGCUGCAAGGUUUUAUCAUACUGCCCUUUCUUCAUUGGAUAAUCACGCGUCAAUCACCUUAUAAAAUUAUAUCUAAACUUGGCCCAGCCUUUGCAACAGCUAUCGGUACAUCGUCAAGCACUGCUACAGUUCCGUACACGAUAAGAUGUUUGGAAAGUCUAGAAAUAGAUCCCAAGAUAACAAAGUUUAUCAUACCAAUCGGAGCAGCGAUAAAUAUGGACGGAAUAGCUCUGUACGAAACUAUAGGAGCGAUAUUUAUCAUACAACUACGCGGAUUACAAUUCUCGUUACUGAAAAUCAUAAUUAUCAGCAUUACAUGCACAGUAUCGUGCGUGGGUGCUGCUGGCAUCCCUAGUGGCGGUUACAUGAUGUUGAUAAUGGUGUUAAAUUCUAUAGGAGUACCUGUCGAAGAUGUCACAUUGAUUAUUGCUGUUGAUUGGUUUGUUGACCGUUUCCGAACGACAAUCAACAUCAUAGGCGACGCGCUUGGCGCAAGUAUUAUAUCUAAAUUUUACAAAACUGAUCCAGAGGAAGAGGAAGUGUGUCCACUAGAACGAAAUGUUUGUAAUUCAUCUGCGUGAGCACAUUUGCUUGAUGAAAAUUAAAAUAGUUUCUGCUAUGUGUGUCAUUAUUUGAUAAGAGCAAUGAAGUAUUUUCUCAUAUUGUGUCACUAUGGAAGGAGAAAAAAUUAAAAACUUAGACCCAGAGAGCUUAUCUCGAGAGUAUUUGAAAUCUCUUGCAACAACUUCGAGUACGUUUCUAUCUAGAUAAAAAUUAAGACUAAAAACCGGUUUAUGAAAUGUUUUCGUUCUUGCAAGGCUUAAACUAACUAGUUUGAUAAAAUCGUACGUAAAUAAAAAAGAAAAGGAUACAUUAUAACAAGCAUAUAAAGUAGAAUAUACAAUAUUUAUAUUUUCAU